GUUCUCGAUAGGAUCUUUGCUUAGAGAUGUUUAUGGAAUACUCACUAAUCUCCUCCCCAGACAUUACGGCGAUGGAUCCGAGAUCUAUCCCAAGCCCGAGGAUACCAGACUCGUGGCAUCCUGUACCGGACUGCUCUCUGCCGCCGCCGUCAGCUGCGCCCGUACCUACCGCGAGCUUGUCUCCGUUGGCCUCGAGGCCCUCAAGCUCGCAUUCCGUGUGGGCACUCAGGUCACCCAAGUGUGUGAUGAGAUUGAACAGUCGUCGCUGCCAAGCAGCUGGGCAGCCAUUUUCCCCGGAGUAGGCAAGGAAUCGGCCUAUUUAGUCUUGGAUGAAUACUACAAGAAAACUAAAAUUCCCCCCACCAGUCGACCUUAUGUGUCUGCGACUAGCACCAACUCAGUCACCAUCAGCGCUCCUCCAGGAGACUUGGAAAGUCUAAUUGAAGCCGACAUCUUCAAAUCCUGCCGGCCAAUUCGGCUUCCUAUUUUCGGGCCCUACCAUGCACCUCAUUUCUAUAGUAACGAGACGGUGACCUCCUUGGCUGCGUCCAUCGAGGGUGCGAGCACAGGUGAAUCGAAAGCCCGAAUUCCCAUCAUCAACAAUGGCAAAGAGUAUGCCUACGAGGCGUCCAAUUUCCGCCAACUGGUUGAGGAUGUCCUUGAGGACAUUCUUCUCAAACCCCUACAUUGGGACAGGCUGUGUACCAACUGUGUGGCCAGUGUCUCCUCGGCUGAACCCGAACAAUGCCGCGUCGUACCUGUGGGUGCGAAGAAUGCCUCAGCUAGCCUGGUCAAUGCUUUGAAUCACAAAGCCUCAUUCAAGACUGUGGUUGAUAACCGCAAGACAGAGGUCGCCGACCAGCCUAAGGAGCCCAAGCCAAUUGGAGGUCUCGGUAAACCCGAAAUUGCUAUCGUUGGCAUGUCGGGUAGAUUUCCAGAUGCCAUGAGUCCGAGCUUAUUCUGGGAUCUUUUGAAGAAAGGCCUUGACGUUCACCGCGAAGUGCCUCCCGAUCGAUUUGAUGCGCAAGCACACUACGACCCGAGCGGCAAACGCAGAAAUACAAGUCACACACCAUAUGGCUGUUUCAUCGAGCACCCUGGCUUGUUUGACGCCCGCUUCUUCAACAUGAGUCCUAAGGAAGCGUCUCAGACGGACCCCAUGCAUCGACUUGCUCUGCUGACUGCUUACGAGGCGCUUGAAAUGUCGGGAUAUGUUCCCAACAGGACGCCUUCAACUAUGGUUGAUAGAGUCGGUACAUUUUAUGGCCAAACUUCUGAUGAUUGGCGAGAGAUUCAAGAUGGACAAAACGUCCAAACAUAUUUCAUUCCUGGAGGUGUGAGAGCUUUUGCGCCCGGACGAAUCAACUAUCAUUUUGGCUUUUCAGGGCCCAGCUUCAGCGUCGACACAGCCUGCUCUUCCAGUCUCGCCGCAAUCAACAUUGCUUGCAACUCUCUGUGGCUUGGAGACUGCGACACAGCUCUUGCCGGUGGUCUAAAUGUCUUGACUAACCCAGAUAUCUUCUCCGGGCUGUCGCGUGGCCAGUUCUUGUCCAAGACGGGCAACUGCAAAACAUUCGAUGAUGCAGCGGACGGUUACUGUCGUGGAGAUGGUGCCGGCACGGUCAUCCUCAAACGUCUGGAAGAUGCUGAAGCAGAUAACGACCCAAUACUGGCUGUCAUCCUUGGAACAGGAACCAACCACUCUGCCGAUGCCGUCUCAAUCACUCACCCUCAUGCGGGUGCUCAGGAGUAUCUCUUCAAGAAGGUUCUUACAGAGUCUAACCUCGAUCCUCACGAUAUUUCUUAUGUGGAAAUGCACGGUACUGGUACUCAAGCAGGUGAUGCCAUCGAGAUGGAAUCGGUUCUGAAUUCAUUCGCUCCAUCGACUCGACAGCGUCCUCCAGACCGCCCACUCUAUCUAGGGUCUGUAAAAGCGAAUGUCGGACACGGCGAGGCUGCCUCGGGUAUCACUGCCCUCGUCAAAAUCCUCCUCAUGCUCGAGAACGAUCUUAUUCCACCUCACUGCGGUAUCAAAGGUAGUAUCAACCACAAUUUCCCUGAUCUUAGAGCUCGCAAUGUACACAUCUCGCUCGGUCGCGAGACUCCCUGGAAGCGACCGCAAGGUGGCAAACGUAGAAUGUUCUUGAACAACUUCAGUGCCGCAGGAGGGAAUACCUCCCUUCUCAUGGAAGAUGGAACUCUGCCUACCCUGGAGGGCAAAGAUCCUCGCUCAACUGCUGUCGUUGCGGUUACUGGUAAGACUAAGAAAGCCUUGGUGGACAAUACAAAGAACCUCAUCGGGUAUAUCUCCGACAAACCUGUCGAUCUCCCACGUUUGUCCUACACCACGACAGCCAGAAGAGUACACUACUCCUACAGAACGAUUGUUGCCGGCUCCGAUUUGGCUGUCAUUCAGUCUGGACUGCGAGAAUCUUUGGAAUCUGAGCCAGCUCCUGUUCCUUCGGGUGUCCAGAUGGUAUUUGCCUUCACUGGGCAAGGAUCUCACUACACUGCCAUGGGCAAACAGCUCUACGAAACGAACAACCAAUUCAAAGCUGAUAUUCGGCGCUUCGAUCUCCUUGCUCGGAAUCAAGGACUGCCAGCUAUCUUGCCCUUGGUCGAUGGCAGCACUGCAAUCGAAAAGCUCAGCCCAGUGGUGGUGCAAACUGGAGCGGUUUGUGUUCAAAUGGCGCUUGUUCGCUUGUGGCAAUCUUGGGGUAUCAAGCCUGCCGCAGUCAUUGGUCACAGCCUUGGAGAAUAUGCGGCAUUGCAGGCAGCUGGUGUCCUGUCGAUCAAUGAUGCUGUCUUCCUGACCGGCACAAGGGCUAAGCGUCUUGAACAGCACUGUACGAUGAAUACGCACGCAAUGUUGUCUGUGGCUGCCUCGGUCCAGGAACUUGAGGGGGUUGUUGACGGGAGGAAACUUGAGAUCGCCUGCAUCAAUGGUCCAAAGGCAACGGUGAUCAGUGGAGAGUCUUCCAACAUUGACAAGCUGAAAGAGCAGUUGUCCUCCAAAGGCAUGAAAUGCACCAAGUUGGCAGUGCCUUUCGCAUUCCACUCCGCCCAGGUAGAACCUGCCUUGGAUGACUUCGAAGCAGCUGCCGCAGGAGUUACCUACAAUGUCCCUAAGAUACCGUUCAUUGCUCCACUAUUGAGCACUGUGAUCACGGAGAAAGGAAUCAUCAACGCAGAGUACCUGAGACGUCACUGCCGUGAGCCGGUGAACUUCUUGGGUGGCAUUCAAGUUGCAAAGGACAAGGGCAUUAUCAAGGACAAGACCCAGUUCCUGGAAAUCGGCAGCCACCCAAUCUGCAGUGGUAUGGUCAAAUCGAUCCUGUGCUCGACUACUGUGGCACUUCCGUCAUUGAAACGGGACGAGGAUGUUUACAAGACUCUAACAGCGACUCUCUGUGAUCUUCAUUACGCUGGUCUCACCAUCAACUGGAAUAGCUACCAUGAAAGCUUUCCCCGCUGUCAGCAGGCCCUGAAGUUGCCAGCAUAUGCUUGGGACGCCACCAACUACUGGAUUGAGUACGAGAACAAUUGGACGCUCACCAAGCCUAAUCUGGCGCCGACCUUUGAGGGCGAGCAGGCCAGGAAGCUGAGCACAAGCACUGUGCAGCGUAUCGUGGAAGAGAAAUUCCAGGGUCAAAGUGGUACUUUGACCACCGAAACCGAUAUUUCCAAGCCAGAACUAGAGGAGACUAUCAAGGGCCACCUUGUGAAUGGUUCCGCCUUGACUUCCAGCGCAGUCUACGCAGACAUGGCGUUCACCAUUGGUGACUAUGUCCACCGCAAGCUACAACCCGAGAUUGAGAAGUUCGCGUUGAAUUGUGCCAACAUGGUCGUUGCAAAGCCCCUCAUCUUCAAGGGUGGCGAGCAGCUUCUCCGCGUCGACUGCAAGGCAGAUCUUACCCAGGGUAUCUGCUACCUCACCUUUUACAGCGUUGGCCCCAAGGGGCAGAAGCUUAUGGAGCACGCCCAUUGUGAGGUUCAGUAUGGCGACGCCGAGAGAUGGUCUACGGAUUUGGCUCGACAGAAGUACCUUGUGCAGAGCCAAGUCGACCGGCUUUUGCACAUGGGUCAAAAUGGUGUGCUCAGCCGACUUCAGCGAAAGAUGGCCUACAAGCUGUUCUCUGUCCUUGUUGACUACCAGAACGCCUAUAAAGGCAUGGCAGAAGUCAUUCUUGACAGUCCCUUGUGCGAAGGUACCGCUAAAGUCGAACUGCAGACCGGCAGUGCUGGCAACUUUUACAUUGCGCCGUAUCACAUCGACUGCCUUUGCCAUCUUGCAGGCUUCAUCAUGAAUGCAAACGACGAACUCGACUCUUCCCAGACAGUCUACGUCAAUCACGGGUGGGAUUCUCUACGCUUCUUCGAGAAGCCAUCGCCGUCGAAGCCUUAUCGUUCCUACGUCAGGAUGCAACCUACAGAUCCCAACUCCAAGGACUACUCCGGAGAUGUGUACGUCUUCGACGGCGAAGGCAACAUUGUCGGCCAGAUCGGCGGCUUGACCUUCCAAUUCUUGCCCAAAGUGAUCCUCGAUCGAGUCCUGCCAUCGCCCGGUGGUGCAAAGGCGGCUGCCCCUGCUCCAGCUAAGGCCGUUGCUGAGUCAAAGAAGGUCGCCCCUAAAUCCACUCCCAAGCCAAAGGCGGCUCCUGCCGGACCGAGUGUUAUGAGCCGGGCAUUGGAUAUCAUGGCCGAAGAAAUUGGUGUCUCUGUCGCAGACCUGACCGAUGACACCGAUCUCAGUGCACUUGGUGUCGACUCGUUGAUGAGUCUGACCAUCUCGGGCAAGUUCCGCGAAGGACUAGACAUUGAAAUCCCGUCGACCUUGCUGGCCGAUUCCGAAACAUUCAAACAGGUCAAGGACUUCUUGUCUCAAUUUGAGACCAAAGAUGCUGGGGGUGCACCACCAUCCCCAUCGACAGCCUCGGUCGAAUCGACUGAACUGUCUGGAAAUUCAACUCCUGCUCAGGCGGAUACAGAUUCCAUGACUUCCGCCUCCCAGAUUGACGAGGAGCCAAUUGGAAAGGACGAUGGCAAACUUGAAGCCAUGCGUGCUGCCGUCGCCGAGGAGACUGGCAUGGACCCGAGCGAAGUGACUUCCGACAUGGACCUUGAAGCCGUUGGCAUCGAUUCUUUGAUGUCCCUUCAGAUCCUGGGCUCUCUGCGCGAAGACAAGGGUAUCGACCUGCCACCUUCGUUCUUCAGUGACCACAGCACUUUUGGUGACAUCGAAAAGGCGCUGGGCGGAGGCGGAGAAGCCGCGAAGCCCAAAUUUCCCGCCAAGUCCGAGGAAAUGUCCACGGAACAGGUCGUUGCGGAGAUGGAAACCAACGAUGGUCAAAGACCGGCUCGGCCUUCGAAGGGGCAGCAACCUUCUCCGGCCGCUGGCACCAACAAGGCGUUCAAAGCAUCAUCAGUCCUACUGCAGGGAAAUCCCAAAACCGCCACAAAGACGGUGUUCAUGUUCCCUGACGGCUCGGGCUCUGCCAUCAGCUAUGCCACCAUCCCUCCAAUCUCGCCCAAGGAUGUGGCGUUGAUUGCUCUGAACUGCCCGUACAUGAAGGAACCGGAGGCCUUUGAGGAUGGUAUUCCAGGAGUCACAGCGCUGUACCUGGAAGAAAUCCGUCGUCGCCAACCAAAGGGUCCCUACAUCCUGGGUGGCUGGUCAGCGGGAGGCAUCUGCGCCUACGAAGCCUGCCUGCAGCUCUCUGCUGUCGGCGAGACCGUUGAGAAGCUCAUCUUCCUCGACGUCCCGUGUCCUUUGCCACCACAGGCCCUGCCACCACGGCUUCACCACUUUUUCGACUCGAUCGGUCUCCUGGGCCAGGAGGGCGAAGCACCGGGCUGGCUCAUCCCGCAUUUCACGGCGACUAUCAAAGCACUGAGCAGCUACCGUCCACGCCUCAUGGACCCGGCGAAGGAGAAGAUUCCGACCGUGUACACCGUCUACGCACAGGACGGUGUGUGCAAGAACGACAACGACCCGCGGCCCGAGCUCACUCCGGAUGAUCCGCCGCACAUGAACUGGCUGUUGUUCAACCGCAAGGACUUUGGCCCCAUUGGCUGGGAGCAGCUGUUCGGCGGCUCCGACAACAUUGUCGGCCUGGACCCGGUCCCCAACGUCAACCACUUCACAAUGAUGCGCGAGCCCAUGGUCAAAGAGCUGCCCAGCCGGAUUCAGAAAGCCCUGGGCGUGACUGGCGAGUAAUCUCUCUCGCCGAGGCCAAUGCAAGGGUGAAGGGUCCUAUUCCUUUUCGUGCAUGAGACUUGCCGGAUGGAACGCAACGAAUUGGACACGGUCGGAGAUGAAAGCCGCCGAAGAAGGAAAUGGGAUCCCUUGUGCCUGAUUCCUCUUUAGACCACGCAUAGAAAAAAAAAGACGAAGGUCUCCAAAUGCCUAGACAAAAAAGAAGAAAGAAACCAGAGAAGGAAAAAAAAGGGAGAAAAGAGAAAAGAGGAAAAAAGAGAUCAAAAUCCCCUCGUGCUUGCGAGGACUUGCUUGGGUUGCCAAAGCAUGCGAGCCCGAGCCCGAGCCCGAACAUGUGGAUGACCAAGUCAGCGAGCAAGCAUGCAAGCCAGCAAUUUCCAGGGGUAGGGUUGGUAAGAUUUUGUGCUGGGAAAGGGUAUGGCAGGCAGGGCGCGACAGGAUACGAGGUGCAUUUACUUGACACGUCGGAGUUGGAAGGGAGUUUCUUUUGGGAGGACAAAACAACCCUGUGGUGGUUCUUCGCAGCCUCCUCACCGUCUUUUAUUCCUCCCUUUAACUUCCUUUUUGUGCACUUCCCUCCUUCUCUCACUUCGCUUCCAGAUCCUCGGGCAGUUUGGCUUGG